AUUUUAUAUCUACAGAAGCAAUCUAGCUCGUACGGCUCUACUCAUCGUGAUACAAUCCCUCGGGCGGAGGCACGCCAUACCAGACCCAGUUUGUCCUCCGGAUCAGGAUCAGGCAUCUGGCAAUAGCCAUCAUACCGCCACCAUUGCCGACCCUGGAUAUCCUUCUCCUACACAGCGAUAUGGACCUUGUCUAUGUCCGUCGCCACUGCCAACACUGCCGGGCACACCAAGAAGGUCACCACCAAUGCUUUCUUGCUCAUCGGGUAUUGCCUGGGCAACUUCAUUGGUCUAUUCUUCUUCCUCGCUAAGCAGGCGCCACAGUAUGAGCUGGGUGUUGGUAUGAUGUUCUUCUGCAUUGGAAUCCAGGUUGCUCUCUAUUGUCGGAAUCUGGGUGCUGCUUUGGGAAAGGAACAAGUCAAGGGCGGUUAUUUCAAACUCGUAAUUGAUCAGGUGCUCGAUAUAGGACUAUUGGAGUAA